UUCUCCACACCUAGGUGACACAGGAGUUCACCGUGAAGGUUAGGCAGGCUCCUGUUCCUCGUCGAAGAGCAUCUGUUUCAAGUUUCUACAGUCGGUGAAUGUUUUAGUCUUCAACUUAAAAAAUGACAACGGGAAGGCAUUUCGGAUGGCAAAAACAAAUUCUUCUACUAGCAGUUUUGCCCUGCUGUUGGAGUGUGGAAGUGUCUAUCAAAGAAAAGGAAUACAGGGUGGCAAAAGGAGAUGAUAUUACACUGAUCUGUUCCUUCAUCCCUGCUAACCCUAUAAAAAAUAACUUUGUCCUGGCAUGGGACGUUGUGGGAAUCCCAUCGAAAGCAGUGGCCUCCUUCUUUUUGAACAGUCCUGUCGACAUCGCUCCAGCAUAUGAAGGAAGAGCCACCCUGGAGGUUGAUAUUGACAGGGGAUUAGCGACGCUUCACUUAAAAAAGUUGACCAUGGAAGACAGCCGCCAUUAUCAGUGCAGCGUCAGAAUCCCCAAUGAUGACGAGGGAAAACCGAUCGCCUCUACUUCUGUUUUAGUUCUAGAGCCUCCCUCUAAACCAGUCUGCACACUUCAGGGACAAGCACAGUAUUUCACUGACAUCACGCUCACCUGCAAGUCUGAGGAGGGUUCCCCAGCUCCGGUCUAUACCUGGACGAGCUACAGUAUUGAAAACAUUCCCAGACAAUUUCCCCUGAAGACAACACAGGAGGAUGGAGUUCUGUCUCUCUUCAAUAUUACAAAGGAGACCUCUGGCUUCUUUAUCUGUCUUUCAAAAAAUGACAUUGGUUCUGCAAGCUGCAACUUUACCUUAGCUGUAAUGCCUCCCAGUAUGAGCUUUGCAUCCACUGGAAUUAUAAUUGGAGCAGUUGCUGCUGGUCUUCUGGUUCUGGGGAUUCUCAUUUUCUGUUGCUGCAAAAGAAAGAGUAAAAACGAGGCUGAUGACGAGGGUCCCCAUGGAGAUAAGGUGUAUUAUGACAAAGAAGGUCCUGAAGUGGGAGAGCCAUACAUGGAUGACAAGUCAAACACUGAAAAGAUGAAGCCUAAUCAGAAAGAAGACAAAGAUAUUGCUCCUCAAAGCAAUUACACCACAGGUGGAGCAGGAAAGACAUUUGAUGAUGACCAGCACAGUUAUAGAAGUGGUUUAGAGAGGCCCGACGGAAAGGGUAGUGAUAUAGAUUCCCAGCGUUACCAAGGAGAUCGGAAAGAUUAUUAUCGUGGAAGCCGGGAUCACCUGGACGAUCAACGUGAUUACAGCGGAAGCCGAGAUCGUGACGAUCAACGCAAUCGGUAUGGAAGUCGGGAUCGACUUGAUGACCAGCGAGAUCGCCAUGGCAGUAGAGAUCGUCUUGAUGACCAAAGAGAUCGCUACGGAAGUCGGGAUCGUCUUGACGACCAAAGAGAUCGCUACGGAAGUCGGGAUCGUCUUGACGACCAAAGAGAUCGCUACGGAAGUCGGGAUCGUCUAGAUGAUCAGCGAGAUCGCCGUGGCAGUAGAGAUCGACUUGACGAUCACCGUGAUCAAGACUUGUACCACGGUAGUCGCGAUCGCAUUGAUCACAGAGAUGAGUAAUAUAAAAAUGUAUAUGUUUAAUGUUGACUUACUGAGUACUCUUUACAAAAGAGUACUCAGUAAGUCUCAGUCAUUGUGUUCUUGGGCAAGACGCUUCACCUUCUUUGCCUGCUGCUGGUGGUCUGAGGGCCUGGUGGCACAGAACUGGCUUCUGUCAGUCUACCCCAGAGCAGCGGUGGCUACAAUGUAGCUCAUCACCAUCUCUGUAUGAAUGACUGAAUGUAGAGUAAAGCACUUUGGAGUCCUCUGACUUGAUAAAGCGCUAUACAAGUACAGGCCAUUACCCUUUGACCCUUUGAGCUUAUGACAUAAAGAAAGGUACUAUCCAUGAAUGCCUAAUGUCUUAAAUGGAAUUUUUUUACAUUUAAGACUCAGCAAUAAUUUAGUUUAAAAUAAUUAAUGUUUGUGAUCCAGACGUACUGAACUCCCCUGCAUGAAAAUCACAACUUAAAGCUGGUUAUUCUUGGUGGCCUGUCUUUCUAUAGUUAAAUGCCAAUUAGGGCAAAGUAAAUAUACUGUGGAUGAAUUCACUGUUUAGAAUAGUUUUGUAUACUAAAAUUGUGCACUAAAUACAGAAACUAAUCAUACAAGUGUACAAUUCGUGUCAUUAUCCACCAGUCUGUGGCAGCCACUGAAAGGAAGAGUGAAUAAUUUGUUUAAUUGUGGCACCUAAUCCUCAGUGGGAGCCAGAGUGGCUUGUAAAAAUUUCCACAUCCUGAGAAAAUUACAACUUUUUGUGAUGUGAAAUUUGAUUGUUUUUCAGUUCAAUUAUACAGGAUAUGUCACAUUAGAUGUGGAAAAGGUUUUGAAGUGAUUUGCAAUGCUGUCAGUCUUGUAUUUCAACAAGGGUGUAUAUACACUGCUCAAAAAAAUAAAGGGAACACUUAAACAACACAAUAUAGCUCCAAGUAAAUCAAACUUCUGUGAA